CUUGCUUUGGAAGUGGCCAGGUACCCUUCUAGAGGUCUGCCACUAAACCUGGGAACUGCUGCCGCUCUUCUUCCCCAGGUACAACAACUGGUUGACUGAAUGAUUCAGAAGGUUUCCAAGACCACAGAUGGAAGAAAAGAGGCGAAAAUACUCCAUCAGCAGUGAUAACUCUGACACCACUGACAGUCACACCACCACCAAUUCAAGAUGUUCCAAGAUUCCCACCAACAAGCCCAGUUGGCCCAGGCAAAAAGAGAAGAAGCCGUCAGAGGUAUUCCGGACGGACCUGAUCACGGCCAUGAAAAUCCCGGACUCCUAUCAGCUCAGCCCGGAUGAAUACUAUAUCCUGGCAGAUCCCUGGCGGCAGGAGUGGGAGAAAGGGGUUCAAGUGCCGGCAGGCACAGAGGCCAUCCCUGAGCCUGUGGUGAGGGUCCUCCCUCUGCUGGAGCACACCCCCGGCCAGAUCUCCCCGGGCAGCCUGUCUGGCUCCGAGCUCAGUGAGGUCGCCAGACCCUAUUCCCGCUAUGACCUGGACGAGAUCGAUGCUUACUGGCUGGAGCUUGUCAACUCGGAGCUGAAGGAGAUGGAAAAGCCAGAGCUGGAUGAGAUGACCAUGGAGAGGGUGCUGGAGGAGCUGGAGACUCUGUGCCACCAGAACAUGAACAUGGCCAUCGAGACGGAGGAAGGACUGGGCAUCGAGUAUGAUGAGGACGUGGUGUGUGACGUGUGCCGCUCACCAGAGGGCGAGGAUGGCAACGAGAUGGUGUUCUGUGACAAGUGCAAUGUCUGUGUUCAUCAGGCCUGCUAUGGAAUCCUCAAAGUCCCCACGGGAAGCUGGCUAUGCCGGACCUGUGCCCUGGGUGUCCAGCCCAGAUGUCUGCUCUGCCCCAAAAGGGGGGGAGCUCUGAAACCAACACGAAGUGGGACCAAGUGGGUGCAUGUCAGCUGUGCCUUGUGGAUACCUGAGGUCAGCAUUGGAUGCCCAGAGAAGAUGGAACCAAUUACCAAGAUCUCACACAUCCCUGCAAGCCGAUGGGCCCUAUCCUGUAGUCUGUGCCGGGAGUGCACGGGGACGUGUAUUCAGUGCUCCAUGCCAUCCUGCAUCACGGCAUUCCAUGUCACCUGCGCCUUUGACCACAGCCUGGAAAUGAGGACUAUAUUAGCUGACAACGAUGAAGUGAAAUUCAAAUCUUUCUGCCUGGAGCACAGCAGUGGGGCUCCAAAGCCCCCCGAGGAGGCCCGGGGCUUACGGGGAGAGGCAGGCUCAGGGUCCGAGCCCAGCCAGGCUGCUUUGGACUUGGAAAAGGUGACCUUGAGGAAACAGAAGCUGCAGCAAAUGGAAGAGGCCUUCUAUGAGCUUGUGAAGCCUGAAGAGGUGGCAGAGAACCUGGACCUUUCUGAGACCCUUGUGGAUUUUGUCUAUCAGUAUUGGAAGCUCAAGAGGAAAUCCAACUGCAACAAGCCCCUCUUGACCCCCAAAACCGAUGAGGUGGACAAUUUAGCACAGCAGGAACAGGACAUCUUAUACCGAAGGCUCAAGCUUUUCACACACCUUCGGCAGGACCUAGAGCGAGUUAGAAAUCUGUGCUACAUGGUGACGAGACGAGAGAAAAUGAAGCACUCCAUCUGCAAGCUUCAGGAACAAAUAUUCCACCUUCAGAUGAAACUCAUCGAAAAGGAUCUUUAUCAAGAACAACCUGGAAAGAGAAGCAAGGGGAAGAAGAAUGACUCCAAGUGGAAAGGAAGGGAUAGCAGGAAGGCCAGCCCUGAAAAGAAAGAGAAAAUGAAGCCAGGCAAUGAGUUGGUCCUGGGGCAGCUUGCUGGUUUGUCCACCUCUUUCCCCAUCGAUGGAACCUUCUUCAACAGCUGGUUGGCCCAGUCGGUGCAGAUCACUACAGAGAAUAUGGCCAUGAGCGAGUGGUCCCUGAACAACGGGCACCACGAGGACAACACGUCUGAGCUCCUCUCUGAGGAGCUGCUCCAGGAUGAAGAGACCCUCCUGAGCAUCAUGAUGGACCAUUCCCUAAAGUCUCCCUUCAAACACAGCGACGCCACCAAGAAGACCCAGGGCAAAGCCAGGCCAGUGAAUAAAAAGAAGAACCCCCGGGACAGCCUUGGUUCCCUGCUCUCAGACCACCCGGAGGACUCUGGCCAGCAAACCACCCCACCAGACCAUACCCCGAACCACGACUUGGGGAAUGGCAAAGCCACUCGUGGGGCAACCAGGAUACCUGCAGAUCGCAAAGGAGCCAGUGGGGAAGUCCGGAAGACUCCAAAAAGGGGAUCUUCUCAACACUCUCCCAGCCCCAAAGCCCAUGACUCCACCGUCCUGGCGGGCUCGAGGAGCUCCCCACACAAGGAUGACAAGGAGACUGUAGACGCAACUCCGCUUGAGACUAACACCCCGAUUCAAGUGCCUGGCUCAUUGGGGAGUCCAAAAACAGUAGUGAGGUUCAGAUUGCCAAAGGAGGGCAAAGAGACUAGGAAGCUGCCGAAUCCAAAGCCCGAGGCAAUGAACAGACCUCCGGUAGGGGAGAGGCCAAAGGUCACCUUGCACUUUGACAAUGAGACCGAUGGCUACUUCUCCGAUGCAGAAAUGAGCGACUCUGAUUCAGAGCCAGGGAGUGGCAGGGUUCAGCUAAGCCAGAAGGAUUCAGGAAACGACGAGGUAGUCAGAAUGAGCGUUUUGGCAUCCUAACUCAACCAGAUAACCAACUGUGACAGUUCUUAAGAGGCCUAAACCCAGUUACAACUGCCAUUUUCGAUUUCUGCCUGAUAUCAUAAUAC